GACUCGACUGCUGAGUAGACGAGUCGAAGAGUUUGAUAUUAAUUUUAAAUAAUAGUGCUCAUCCGCCGUGUACGAUAAUGUCUGUGGAUCCCUUCCGUUUCGAUAAAAAUGACAUAGUGCUGUGUUACCACAGAUCUAUGUUAUAUGAAGCAAAGUGCCUAAAACGACGAAUUGGACCUGACGGUGAAGUGAACUACUACAUUCAUUACAUAGGGUGGAAAACGAAAUGGGAUGAAUGGGUUCACGAUGAUCGUGUUUUGUCUGUAAAUGAGUUUUCGCUUGACCACAUGAAAACACUCCAAGACCAACACAAGUUUAAAAAACAUUUUAGCAAAGGAAGAGUUGGCAGACGUAAAAAAAAUACUGAAGUAAACCAAACCACUGAUGCUCCAUUUUCGGCUACUGAAGAGUCUGAACCAUCUUCUAAUCCGGUUUUGGUGGCAUUCAGAACUGUUGAACUAAUAGAAAAUAACAUUAAUAACUUACCUGCCAUACAAGAGUUUUUGAACAUUGUUAUGGCUGAUAAUUGAUGUAUGUGUUGAACGGAUGUACAUAUACAGCCAAACAGUUCCAUCCAAAUUCACUGUUAUGCAUCUCAUUGAUGGUUAUAUCGAUUCCAAACAGAAAUCAACAAUAUUUGUUAGGGAAAGAGCUUUGUGUGUUGGAUCGACUUUUAUUCAAUAUUUUAAUUCACGAAUACAGACACUGCUAUAUGCGAAAGAACGUAAUAAUGAAGUGCACAAUAAAGCUGUUGCUCUGUUAUCAGAAAAAAUAAGACUUGACAGUUUACAAUUCAAAUAUAAAAACAUUUAUUCGGAAGACUUGUGGUGUACAGUUUAUGGACCCAUUUAUUUACUAAGGCUAUGUGUUAAUUUGAAAAAAUUUCUAAGACCAAAGUCCGUGACCGAAGACAACCAGCUCUCUUCAAUUGCUGAUAGCAUAAAUGAUUUUUUCAAGUACCUAGAACAGCAACAUUCCAAAUAUUUUGCCAACGAUGACUACGAACCUGCAACUGAUACGAGCGAGACAGAAGUAUCGUUAACAUAAUCUAUUUUUCACAUCACUAAAAAUUCAUCCGCUCAAUUCUUAGUUUUCUUCCUAUUUUGAUAUAAACUAAAUUAUUUGAGCAGUGAAGUAUAAUUUUAUGUAUUUUAUAAUGUGUUCAGAAUUUAUAUUUGAAUUUUUUUCUACGUCAUCCAUCGCA